AAUUGAGCCACAUACAAAGUCAAUCCGAAAAAAACUCAGGAACUUCAAAGGCAAGUCGAGGAACUUUUGUCAAAAAUUUGGUUCAUAAAUUUCUAAUACCACCUUGCAGUGUCAUGUCGUUAAUACUUAUGCCAAAAAAAGAAGAUAGUAAUUCUCAGCGCAUUUGCAUGAGCUAUAAACAAAACCACAUUAAAUAUAAGCAUGUAUGUGCCUCCUCGUGUUCUUUUUUUUUGAGGGAAUUGCUUGUUAUAGUGCCACACUUGAUGUGCUAUUUUGGGGUUGUUAAUAUGUACUGUAUGAAAUCUUUAUGAAGGUAACAAAAUAUGUUAAAAAAUAAAAUAAAAUAAAAUAAAAUAAAAACAAAAUAUUGUUAUAAAAAGUUAUAUCUCUCGUCCACGUGCCUCUCAUGAGGUAAUAUGGCGCCAAAGAAGUUGGUUGGUAUAAACAAAAAAGAAAAUCACAAUCCGAAUGCUUCGCCUUCCCUUCCAUUUUCAUUUUCAUUUUCAUUUUCGCCUCAAUUCAAUUCCGCCAGAAGCCCUAACUCAGUUUCUCCAUCCUCGGUGUUUUCCACGUUUCUUUGCUUCCAAAUCAAUCAUUAACCGAGGAUUUCCUUGAAACGUAAGUUAUGGAGUAUGGCCGGUGAAAAUGGGAGGCGAUUAGAUAACCAGAAUGAGAAGCCUACGUCGAAUUCUGAAAGAAUAGGCAUCUGUGAGGGCAAGCAACAAGAAAAUGGAAGAAGCCCUGCAAAAAUCUCAGACUCUUCCUCGUCCAGUUUGGAUAACUCCUCCACUGAUUCUCCAGGAUCAUUCAAUCAGCGAUCAGGUGUUGCUCGUGAUCCAUCCAUGCUGACUGAAUCCCCUUCCAUCCAAGUGAUGGAGAGGCCUAAAACCUCAGAUCCAGAUAGUCCAAGCCAGUGGAGUGUUGAAUCAGGGGAUUCUUUGUUCAGCAUCCACAUGGAGAGUUCGUUGCGUAUAAGUGGAGACAUAGGGGAGCUAUCUUUAUCCGAAGCAUAUCUGCCUCGAGUAUCUCCCAAGUCAGGGGAGUCUGUAGACACAUCAUACACUUCCUCUGCUGCAGCAGCAGCAAAAGCUUUAGGGGAAGCGCGAAGGGCUGUGAAAGAAGACACAAAGUAUGCUUCUGAACAACGGAAAGGUUACCCUCCUGAGGCUUCCUCAAGUGUCCCAACAGACCAAAAUCUAUCGGGGUCUAAUACUCCCCAAUCCCACGAUGAUAGUGACAAUGAGUUUUCUAAAUCGACAAGUGAGUCAAGAUGUCCAAUGUGUCAAUGCUUGUGGUGUGCUAGGAUGUGUAGCUGCUGUAGUUGGCCAAACUGCAGCUGCAGCUCUUGGUUUCGUUGGCCAAGCUGUUCCAAUUCUUGCAUAAGCUGCCCUAGCUGGUGUUCCAAUCCUUGCAUAAGCUGCCCUAGCUGCUGCACUAACUUGCAUCCUUGGUGCUCGACUUCUUGCUGCUGCUCCGGAUGGAAAAGUAGAGUCUGUUCUGCCUCUCCUCACGCGUCCACGGAUAGGAACACAGACAGUUCUAGCAAACAUGAAGUUUAAUUGAUUGUUUGAAGAGUUUGUUACUCACCACAUUGGGGCUUGGGGGCCUAACAGUUAUGAAAGUUUUCCAAGGUAAUUCAGUAAUGGAGUAAUUUUUAUUUUUAAUUAUAAAUUUUAAAAUAUUACUCAUCAAAUAUCUCAUAUUGCAAUUUAGGGAUAUCCUAAUUCCUAUCCACCAUUAAAUAUCGCCACUCUGAACGCAGGGAAUACUAUUAAUUAAUUAGCAAUAUUUUAGAUUUUGUUUUAUGGUAUGGUA